AAGAAGAAGUGCAGAAUAUUCUUUCAUAGUUCUAGAGGAUAAUAAACAUGAUAGUAAUACAGAAGAUAAAGAUACCAGUGAAGAAGAAACUGAAUCAUAUCCUCCACCUGCUAAAAAAUGA